AUGAAAACCACUUGUCUUGUCAUUCUUAUAUUACUAAUCCAGUCCUUUCAAACAUAUGGUGCAAGCAGCAGCAACACUAUGAUGAGGGCUUCCUCAAAUGUUACAUGUUUCCAAAGAGAGCGACAAUCAUUGCUUGUAUUCCGACAAGGCCUUACAGAUAAAUCAAACCGGUUGUCAACAUGGACCGGAGUAGAAUGUUGUGAGUGGGAGGGAGUUGGGUGUGACAAGAAAAAUGGUCAUAUUGUCAAAAUCGACCUUAGAUCUCCAUUGUCUUUCUUAGACGACUAUACUAUAAACACAAGCAACUGGCUCGAAGGUAAGGUAAGUUCUUCCUUACUCAACUUGAAACAUUUGAGUUACUUGGACCUAAGCAUGAACAAUUUCUUGGGACAAACUAUUCCUGAAUUCAUUGGGUCUUUCAAGUAUUUGGAAUACCUUAACCUCUCUUACUCGGGUUUUAGUGGUGUAGUCCCUCCUCAUCUAGGAAAUCUCUCAAUGUUACAAUAUCUUGAUCUUAAUUACCUAGAUAGGUAUGACAUGGUGUCUUCCUCUUAUGAUGUUUCUUUGAUGGUCAAGGAUGAUAUGUGGUGGGUAUCUCUCUUGUUGUCAUUAAAGCACUUGGAUUUUUCAGGAGUAACAAUCGGUAACCAUAUUGAUUGGUUUCAUCCGGUUAACAUGUUACCUUCUUUACUUACAUUGAACUUGGCCUCGUGUAAUAUCAAUAUCCCUUCCAAAAGAUUUAGCAAUUUCACUUCUCUUAAAUCACUUGAUCUCUAUGGGAACAAUAUAAGUUCGACCAUUCCUCUUUGGUUAUCAAACCUUACCACCCUCGUGCAUGUAAACCUUAGAAAAAAUAACUUCCAUGGCCGAAUACCUGAUUCUAUCGGAACCAUUAGCUCUCUUUCUUCCAUUGACCUUUCAUCAAAUCAAUUGUCUGGUCGAAUACCUCCUUCACUUGGUGGCCUAUCAUCUCUAAGAGCGCUCUAUCUUGAUAACAAUCGAUUGAAUGAGAGUAUACCUAAAAGCAUUGGACUACUCACAAAGCUACAAGAGCUCUAUCUUGAUAAUAAUCAUUUGAGUGGGAACACUCCCACUAGUCUUGGUGAGCUUUCAUACCUCCAAUACCUUUAUCUUUCUCGUAAUCAAUUGAGUGGGAGCAUACCUGAAAGCAUAGGACUACUCACGAUGCUUCAAGAGCUCUAUCUUGAUAACAAUCAAUUAAGUGGUAACGUUCCAACCAGUAUUGGUCAGCUUUCAAACCUCCAAUAUCUCUAUUUUGAUUGUAAUAAAUUGAGUGGGAACAUACCUAAAAAUAUUGGACUACUCACGAAGCUACAAGUUCUCGAUCUUUCUUAUAAUCAAUUGAGUGGGAGCAUACCUGAAAGCAUUGGACUACUCACAAGGCUACGAGAACUCUAUCUUUGUGAGAAUCAAUUGAGUGGGAACAAUCCUACUAGUAUUGGUCAACUUUCAAACCUCGAAUACCUUUAUCUUGAUAGUAAUCAAUUGAGUGGGAUCAUUUCUGAAAAUCACUUCACUAAACUCAACAAACUAACCAUCUUGUGGUUAUGUUAUAAUUCAUUGACAUUGAAUGUCAGUCCUCAUUGGAUUUCUCCCUUCCAAUUGAUUGAUUUUAAUGCAAGCUCCUGCAACAUUGGACCCCAAUUUCCAAAUUGGCUUCAAACAUCAACAAAUCUUCAAGGUUUAGAUCUUUCAAACUCGGGUAUUAAAGAUAGCAUACCAGAGUGGUUUGAGAACAUCUCAUCUCAUAUUCGAGUAUUGGAUUUGUCCGACAACCAAAUUGGAGGAAAUUUGCCAAAACUAAUUAACCAACAUAGCUGGAAAUCAAUGGACUCAGGUCUCCUUUAUCUUAAUCUUCGAAAAAAUUACUUUACCGGAAGUGUUCCCACACACUUAUGUGAGUUGCUUAAUACACAACUAUUGGAUUUAUCCGAUAAUAACUUCUCUGGAGUUCUUCCCAAUUGCUUAGGGAACUUGAUUCAACUACGAGUGAUGGAUUUGACAAAUAACACAAUAACCGGUAUAGUUCCAACUUCCUUAGGUUCUCUAUCACAUCUCAAGUCAUUACACUUGCACAACAACAAAUUUGGGGGCGAUCUCCCAGCGACUUUACAGAAUUUGACAAACUUAGUCACCUUUGAUUUAGGGAACAAUUUGUUGACAGGUAUUAUCCCUUCUUGGAUAGGAAAAAAGUUAUCAAAACUUAAAAUCUUGAAUCUCCAAUCAAAUAAUUUCAUGGGUAGGAUUCCACCGGAACUUUGUCAAAACAAUUAUCUUCAGCAUCUAAACUUAGCAGAUAAUAGCAUAACUGGCAUGAUCCCUCGUUGCUUCUAUAAUUUAACUGGCAUGAUCUGGACUAAUGUUAAUUUCGAAUAUAAUGGCACUGGAUAUGAAGAAAAUAUUGAGGUUUACAUAAAGGGUCUUCAAUUGAAGUACACUAAAACAGUUAAGUUUCUCAUAUCCUUGGACCUCUCAAGCAACCAAAUUUUUGGAAAAAUUCCUGGUGUUUUGAUGAACCUUGUAGCGUUGAAGAAUUUGAAUCUUUCGAGAAACUUGCUAAGCGGACAUAUUCCAUCAACGAUUGGAAAUCUAAAGCAAAUAGAAUCCUUAGAUUUGUCAGCGAAUAAGUUAUCUGGUCGAAUUCCCCCAAGCUUAGCUAGCUUAAACUUUCUAAGCUGCUUGAAUGUAUCCUUCAAUAACUUAAGUGGCCCGAUACCAACUGGGAAUCAACUUCAAACUUUAGGUGAUCCAUUAACUAUUUACGAAGGGAACACGGACCUAUGUGGUCCCUCACUAUCAAGGAGCUGCAAAGAAACUAAUUUACCGUAUGUUCAUGCUCGUAAGGAUGAAGGUGGGGAUGCUUUGCAAGGUUGCUCGUGGUUUUAUUUUGGUAUGGUCCCGGGUUUCGUUGUGGGUUUCGUGGGACUUAUUGGUAGCUUGUACUUUAUUAGGACUUGGAGGGUAACUUACUUUAAGAUCAUAGAGAAUUUUUACGCUUUUCAAAAGAUUUCAAUGAUAGUGACUCUUGCGCGGCUGAGGUGGAAGAUUUUCAGAUAA